CACACUGUUCCCUCGUAACCCUCAGGUCCCCACCUCCUUGAUGCCACAUAAAGUGUUGUGCGAGCCGGAAAUCAUCCCUUAGAGAGACGGAGAAGCCAAACACCCGCCAUUUUGUUACACUCCCGCCCUUUCCUGGCUCACACAGACACACACGCCCUGUGGGAACCAGCAGCCGGUGAAUCCCAGGACAGUGACAGACAGUUACAUCAGCAGCGACACUUCCGCACAUUCAGUUGUGCGUCCCACGCCUCACUCCCGCACCGAGAUCUGACCAAUCAAGUGCAGCGAGGUUACAUGACCGGCGAGAAGUGGCCUAUCAACGGAGGGCGUGUGACGACAGACUGUGCUGGGCUUGGCUGCCGGCCGGCCGCCGCGAAGUGGGCGGAGCGAGCAGAAAUGGUCAGCAGUCAGCACAUCCCGAUAGAUGACGCAGGGAAAAGGAAAAAGAAAAAGCGAAGGACGAGAGCGGCAGAGGCCUUCACUGGGAAAUUUGCAGACUUGUACCGGCUGACUGACGAGCUGCUUGGAGAGGGGGCCUACGCCAAAGUUCAAGGAUGUGUCAGCUUGCAUAACGGAAAAGAUUACGCUGUUAAGAUAGUGGAGAAGAAGGCCGGGCACAGCCGCAGCCGAGUCUUUCGAGAAGUUGAAACUCUCUACCAGUGUCAAGGCAACAAGAAUAUUUUGGAGCUGAUUGAGUUCUGUGAAGAUGACGCCCGUUUCUAUCUGGUGUUUGAAAAGUUACGAGGAGGUUCCAUCCUCUCCCAUAUUCAGAGGCGUAAACACUUUAAUGAGAGAGAGGCCAGUAAGGUGGUCCGAGAUAUCGCCUCUGCCCUGGAUUUUCUACAUAACAAAGGAAUUGCACAUCGAGACCUGAAGCCAGAAAAUAUAUUGUGUGAAUGUGAAGAUAAGGUGUCGCCUGUGAAAAUCUGUGACUUUGAUCUGGGGAGUGGUGUAAAGCUGAACAGUGCGUGUACCCCAAUAACGACCCCAGAACUCACUACUCCUUGCGGCUCAGCAGAAUAUAUGGCUCCAGAGGUGGUGGAAGUUUUCACAGAGGAAGCCACAUUUUAUGACAAGCGCUGUGACCUGUGGAGCUUGGGGGUCAUCCUGUACAUCAUGCUGAGUGGGUACCCGCCCUUUGUGGGUAACUGUGGGACAGACUGUGGCUGGGAUCGCGGAGAAGUGUGUAGAGAGUGCCAGAACAAGCUGUUUGAAAGUAUUCAAGAGGGCAAGUAUGAGUUCCCAGACAAAGACUGGUCCCACAUCUCCAACCUAGCCAAGGAUUUAAUCUCAAAGCUGCUCGUACAGGACGCCAAACAACGCCUCAGUGCUGCCCAAGUACUUCAGCACCCAUGGGUGCAGGGGGGUGCCCCAGAAAGAGGACUGCCGACUCCACUGGUUCUUCAAAGGAACAGCAGCACUAAGGAAUUGACCCAGUUUGCAGCCGAUGCCAUUGCGGUGAACCGCCAGAUUUCCCAACAUGACAGUGACCUGAGUGAAGAGAACGAAAGUUUAAUCCAGACCUUUUGCUCCGUGAGGCUCUCGCCUCCAUCUAAUUCUCGCCUGGCAAAACGGAGGGCACAAGCCCACGCCAACAAAGGUAGUGGCGUGGGGAGUGCGAGCUCUGUGGCCGUCUGAGCUAUAUGGACAACGUACAUCUCUUUUUACCCGGACUGCUAUCAGUGACUGUUCUAAUUGAUUUUAAAAAGUUUUUAAUGUGCCUGCCAGUUCCUUGCAGUUGCAGUGGAACUACCUCUUUUUUUUAUUUAGAGAAAUGUAUAAAUAAUAUUAAAUAACUGUGAUACAUACAGUAACUCUUUGUGUGUUCCCCGAAUUAUACGAAGAUAUGCCUGGUGCUAACGGUGACAACUGCACGUCUGUUACCAUUGCUAUAGGAACACAAACCUUUUGUUAGGUGAUAAAUGUAAAAACCUUUCCUCCCCCUUAUUUAUUAAUGUUGCACAAUUUUCCAGCACAUCUGCCUCAUCUUUUUUUCGUACAAUUUUUCUUUUUUCUUUCUUUUCUUUUUUUCUUUUUACAAUCACAAAGCCACAGUGAAUGCAGCUUGAGCCUAAGCUGCAGUUUUUUUUAUUUAAUUUUGUUUUCUGAGUGUUUAAAGAUGCAUUUUAUUUUUUUAGCACUUUAAAUGGUAUUUUUUUUAACGUGGGAGUGUGUGUGUGGGGGGAGCGUUUUGUAUGGAAGCGGAUAUGUAGCUGACUUGUCAGUGACUGAUCGAAGUGACACAAUUUCUGCAUAAAAUGUGAAAGUCCUAACGACAUCAAGAGUUUUGUUUGUUAAUGUUAUUUAAUACUUAUACCAAAAUAAAUUUCCAUAUUUUUA